UUCAAAAUUUUAUUAAUCAAUUUUUGAAGAAAUAUGGUCAACCGCAUGAGGCAAUCACUUUACCGCCUGAAAUCAAACAAGACGUUGUUCAUGAUGUGCGACAUACAGGAAAAAUUCAAACCCGCUAUUCCCUUGAUCGAGGCGGUAAUAGAAAAUUCAAAGAAAUUGAUAGAAGCUGGUAAGGUGUUGAAUGUUCCAUUAGUGGUUACAGAGCAAUAUCCCGAGAGACUAGGCAGCACAGUUAGCGAACUGGAUGUGAAGCAUGCCUGUGCGGUUGUGCCAAAGACAAAAUUCAGCAUGAUUGUGCCGGAAGUUGAAAAUAUGAUGAAGAAUCUUUUUAGCGAUAAGCCCAAGACCGCGGUGCUGUUUGGCAUUGAGACGCAUGUGUGCGUAGAGCAAACGGCCUUUGACCUCAUCAAUAAUGGAAUAGAUGUGUGGCUGGUCGCUGACUGCUGUGCAUCGCGUCUCAAUCAGGAUCGCGACUUGGCACUAGAACGACUACGUCAAAUUGGUUGCAUAAUAUCCAGCACAGAGAGCGUGAUAUUCAAUCUGCUGUCCGAUAAGAACCACAAGUCCUUCAAGGAGAUAGCUUCGCUCGUGAAGAGAGUGGCAGCCGACUUGAAGCUUGGGCUACCCACAGCGAGUGCCAAGGACAAGAAAUGAUAUUUGCAGGCGGCGGCUUUGAUGUCUAUUCAUUUACCAUUAAGGUAGUAUUUUUGUGUAGCUCAUAGAAAUUAUGAAAGAAUUGAGCAGAGAUAGGGCCUGCCUGUCCUCCGGCCAGCAUCGUCAUCUCAUAAACAUUUUGCCCAGCGGACAGCUGAAUGGAGCGUUACCUCAGCGGCGCCUUAUAAGCCAGCCAGCCAGCCAACAGCAGCAACAGCAGUAGCAGCAGCAGUAGCCUGCAUUGACGCCAAGCCUCCUUGCUGCCAAUUUAUGCGAAGACUUUCGAGCGCCCCUUGUACGACUGUUCCACGGCAGUUAAAUUUCAUGAUGCAAUCGCAACAAUCUCCGCAUGUUGCUUGCCUACGCGCCUGCGGCAACCGCUAGGUGAUGGUGACAAUGUAGCAGGCGUCUGAUUGACUCAUAACAGGCCAAGAUCACAAUCUCAUCUGCAUGCCAGGCAGCCAGAUAGCUGGCUAGCUGGAUACUUGGCUAGCCCCCUCCGGCUGCUGCUUGGCAAUUUAUUUGCCUAAGCCCUGCCAGCUGAGUGCCAGCUCGAUGGGAUCGCAAGUGAAACUGAUGGCUACGGCCUGAUGGCACGCGAUAUGCAAACAGCAUGCCCAAAGAUCUGGCCAAUUAUGCACCAGCUCGCUUAUCUAAUCCCCACAAAAUAUUAAGCUGCAGCUCAGCCAGCGGCGCGACGUGUGAGCAGCUGCAAGAACGCCAAGCGACAGUGCAACGGUAACAUGCGUAAAAGUUUGCCAGCUCCAGCUCCAGCUCCAGCUGCUAGCCAGCUGACUGCAGGCUGCAGCCUGUUGCCAAUCGCUGACGCAGCCAGCGGCCAUAAAUUUCCGGGCCGAGGUGCGGCAGACCGGUUCGCAAGCGUGGCAUAUUAAUAAAUUUUGGCUGAGCAAAACGAUAAAAAUGAUAAAUCUGUGAAAUUGCCAAACCGUGUGCAAAUGAACAGGCGAUCAGGCAAGCCUCAGCUCUGCAGCUCAUCGCAACUCGACGGCCUGGGAUUUAUGUGUCUGCUGGCCGGCAAGUGGCAAGUGGCAACAUCAACUGCAACUGCAACUGCAACUGGAACUGAGCUAGAGCGAACUGUAGACAAAUUUCAAGCCAAGCUCACCGAGGUAUUUAUACGCUUCAUUCAAUUUAUGAAUACUUAUAGAUUUAACA